CCCCCCCCCAAGAUGGCCGCCGCCGCCGCGGCCGUCAAGAUUGGAAUUAUUGGUGGAACUGGCCUGGAUGAUCCGGAUAUCUUAGAAGGAAGAACAGAAAAAUACGUUGAUACUCCUUAUGGCAAGCCAUCAGAUGCUUUGAUAUUGGGAAAGAUUAAAAAUGUGGACUGUGUGCUGUUGGCAAGACAUGGAAGGCAUCAUACAAUUAUGCCAUCAAACGUCAAUUACCGUGCCAAUAUCUGGGCAUUAAAAGAAGAAAAUUGUUCACAUGUGUUAGUGACUACUGCCUGUGGUUCAUUACAAGAAGAAAUACAACCUGGUGAUCUUGUCAUAAUUGACCAGUUCAUUGACAGGACAACGAAAAGACAUUGUACUUUAUACGAUGGACAGCAUUCCAGUCUUUCAGGAGUAUGUCACAUUCCAAUGGCAGAGCCAUUCUGCACCAAAACCAGAGAGAUUCUUAUUGAGACUGCCAAAAAGCUUGGGCUCCAGUGUCAUUCCAAGGGGACAAUGAUCACAAUUGAAGGUCCUCGUUUCAGUUCUCGAGCAGAAAGCUUGAUGUUUCGCAGCUGGGGAGCUGAUGUUAUCAACAUGACCACAGUGCCUGAAGUGAUUCUUGCAAAAGAAGCUGGAAUGAGUUAUGCUAGUAUUGCCAUGGCAACAGAUUAUGACUGCUGGAAGGAACACGAAGAAGCAGUUUCAGUGGAUAAAGUUUUAAAGAUACUGAAAGGGAAUGCAAAUAAGGCUACUAGCAUACUCCUAACUGCUAUACCUCAGAUAGGUUCCAUGGAAUGGACAGACACCCUGCACACCCUGAAAACAACAGUGCAGUGUUCUGUCAUCCUGCCAAAACAGUAACAACCUGGAUGGACCUCGAAGUUUGGGUGCUCACAAGAAAGACUGGAUCACUUCGGAACUUCCAGAGGUUACAAUAUCUUCAAAAAAUGUUACAAGCCUGAAAAGAAUGGAGUAAAUGUAGACUGAUGAUAAUGCAUAAGACAGCUCUUAUAAUCUUCAUCAUGAUUGAAAGUGUGUAAGAUGGUUAAAGUUAGAUUUUGAGUAUGUUUUUAACUUGGAAGAGCUUUACUGUCAAGCUAGAUCAGACAGUGACUAAAGGAAAAAGUCAGUAGCGGUUUGUGAUCCCCUUUUCAGUGAUACCUUUUAGCUGGUGGAAGAAGGGAAAGGCUAGGUAAUACUCUUGUUGCAGUUCUUAAAAUAAGAUCUAAGGAAGCAGAUACACUACUUGAUUUACUAUUUCUGCCUCCCAUCUUUUCCUUCAACAAGGCAAUGUUUGCAGUUCACUUCAGAAACAUAUCAGAAAAACUAAACAAUUUCAAAAUAAAAUUAUACUAUUUUUAUACAUGAUCCUUAUUUUUUAUUUAGUGUUUCUUUUUUCUUAAAGCAGUGGGUUUUGUUUGUGUGCUAAAAGACAUGGUUUAAUAAUUGUGGUUCUUUCACAGCAGAACUUGUGAAUUACUGUUCUCAUUUUUAAAAAUAUAAGGUAAUGCCUAAACCAAAUUUGUGCCUGAAGAAGUACUUAUGUGUCUUGCAGAAUUGUACAAAAGAUUACUUUGCUGCCUGGGUCCUGAACGCUGUGCUGGCCUUUUGCUGCUUCAGUGACAUGAACAACUCCAGUUUUAGUUUCUCUUUUAAGUGAUAAAUAUGCUUGAGUGCUCUGAAUGUAUGCAUUUCAUUUUUUUAUACAAUUCAACUUCAACAUAAUAAUGUGCUGCUUCUUGUCUAGUAAAUAAAACAAAUGAAAACUAUGCUUCUCCAAA